AUGACUCUCCUAACCGAGUACCCUCGUGCUCUCUCUGCCACCCACCCUCAGGAGAACCCCAAGAGCUGCACUUUCAUCCUCGUCUCAAAUGAAUGGAUGCACCAGAGAAGCACCAACACCAAACUGGGCCUGAAGAUCGCUCCUGAAGAGAAGGUCGUGUACCUCCUGUCAUUCUCCAGACACGAGCACGCGUUCCGAGUCACGAACCCCAGCCGCGCCAACCUAGGCAUCAUAUCCUUGGUCAGCGCCUUCUGCAAAGAAGGUGUCUCCCACAACACCACUGCUGUUGAAUCGGACGACAAGUUGAGCUUCACCUUGCCGUUGAGCCAGGUCCAUGACCGCUGCGGGGAGGACAACUGCGGUCUGGUGUUGCCUGAGCUCCGCAAGGAGGAUGCAUCCCUUUCGGUCACCUUGACCAUCAUGACCUUGAGCAAGGCUAUCCAGCUCUACGACUGGAAACGUGAGGAGUUUGGUGAUGGUUCCGGCAACGAAAAGGUCUUCGGUGAGGGCCUGGCCGCCCAAAUGCUCACCAAGGAGCUGGCCCUUGUUGUCAUCGUCUGGUUGUCGAACCAAAUCAGAAGCAAUGGCGUUGGCCGUGUCCCCAACAUCGUUGGCUACUUGCAAGUUCCGGCCAAUCAUCCCAUGUUUGCGCAAUUCUUGGGUAAUCUAAACAAGUCUUUCUUCGACCAGUACGGCGUUAUCUUCAACAUCCGAGACCUUCCUCAGGGUUAUACUCGCUCUCCUAUCUGA